CCGUUCAAGGUGACCAAAGAAGGGUAUUUUAACGCGCUGAAAUUACAACUUGAAUAUUUUUGAUACAAAGUCACGAUAGGAAAGGAAACUCUGGCAAGUAUGAUGUCGUUAAGAGCGGGGAGGCAUGUUUUGAGUGCCUUUAAACCUGUAAACGUGUCAUUACUCCGACGUUUUCUUCACACGUCGAAACCAACUUCAACUUUUGCCAAAGAUCUGUUUCUGGGACGUUGUAAUAAGGUAAAAUACAUAGUAUGUGGUUUCAUGAAGAUCGUUUAAUUCCUCGUGUGUUGUUUUGCUGUUGUAGAUUGUAAAAGCACGCUAUAGAUCCAAGAAGAGACCUACAUUUUGUCUCAGAAGAAUCUGGUUAGAUUGAGAAAAAUCCUAAAAUUAUGUAAUCGGCCGGCCCUCACUUUUCACAAAUAUCAACUGAUUCCCACGAGAUAGUCCAUAGAUUUUCAUGAAUUUGAGAGAGAUUCUGUAUCAGCCUAGGGAAAAAAAACGGGUUCCAAACGAUGAUUUAAAAAAUUGAAACAAAACUCUACUUGUUGAUGUUCGUUGAUUCGAGUCAGACAUAUACUCAUGCAAGGAUUUGACGUCACGAGAAAGUUCUUUCACGGUUGUUUCAAAGUCUUUGAAUUGAAUUGUUUUUAUAUGCCUGAGGUAACAAAUUUUUAUUUGCUUUUUUCUCUUUUUUUUUAUGUUGAAGAAAACACAUGUGGAAGACCUUUUACGAUUGCAUUGUUUUGUAAGAGGGAGGGAUGGGUGGUAGGUGUGUUCGGGGGUGGAAUGGGCUGGAGGAAAUGAAGAGGAGGAAACGCAUGGAUGAAUGAGUGAAUGAAAGGAGAAAUAUAUCAAUUAACCCUUUAACUCCCAUGAGUGACCAAGACAGAAUUUCUCCUUACAGUAUCAAUACAAUAUCAACCAGAUAAGUGAUGAGACUAAAUAAUAAUAUCAAUUUGGGAUAAUUACUUGAUCCAAUACUAACAGUAACUUCUCUGAACCAGCAUUAUAAGAAUUGUAUGGUUGACAGUAAAGAGAAUUACAAAUAUGAUCUGGGAGUUGAAGGGUUAAAGAAUAGAUGUAAGAGAAAAAGUGAUUGAAGGAAACAAGUCUUAACCCUUUAACUCCCAAGAUCUUAUUAGUAAUUCUCCUUACUGUCUGCCAUACAGUUCUUGUGAUGUUAGUUUUGAGAAUUUAGUAUUUGAUCAACUUAUAAUCCCCUUAUUGAUAUUUUUCUUUAUUCUCAUCACUUGUCUGCUUGAUAUUGUAUUGAUAUUGUAAGGAGAAAUUCUGUCUUGGUCACUCAUGGGAGUUAUGGGGUUAAGGCAUUUGAGCUCAUGAUUACAUGUUUUUGUUCUCUCUAUAGGAGAAAGCUUUCCCAUAUCCAGAUCCACUGAAUGAAGAACAGCGAGAAACACUUAACAUGCUUGUUGAACCUGUUGAAAAGUAUUUUGUAGAGAAAGGUAAUCAUAUAUAGUGAAAAAUAAGAGAAUUGUUCGAAUCAACUUUGGAUAAAGAUGGUCCAGCAUUCAGAUGCUUUGGGUCUUCCUUAAACUGAAUUACAUAUCAAUGGAGUAUGGGGAUUAUUUUGUUGAUGUGAUAAAUCACUGCUUAUUUUUUAUUUAUUUACAGUUGAUUCUGCUCAUAUUGACAAAACAGCUAAAAUUCCUGAAGAAGUUAUGGGAGGACUUAAAGAACUUGGUUUGUUUGGUCUUCUUAUCCCUGAAGAGUAUGGUAAGACAUUUUUUUAUUAUCAAUUUAGUUAACCCUUUCACUCCCAAGAUCUGAUUGUUAAUUUUCCCCUCUAACUGGCAAACAAUUCCUUGUAAAUAAGUUAUGGGAAUUUGGUGUUAGAUCAAGAUAACAACUUCUUCCUGAUAAGUUUUAGUAUUCUCAUUACCUGGUGGCUGGAUAAUGUAUGGAUAUUGUAGGGAGAAGUUGCAAGUUAAUCACUUCUGGGAUUUAAAGGGUUGAAUGAUGUAGGUGAAUACCAGCUGAAUUUCAGCUGGUAUUCCUCUGUUUAAGAAUUUAGAUUGAUGUGUUUCUCUCACACAUAGUUAAAAAUGUUUUUUCUAAAAGUAUUUUCAAAUCCUCUCAGGUGGCCUUGGUCUUCUUAACACAAACUAUGCCCGUGUUUGUGAAGCUUUCUCUGAUGCAAGUAUUGCUGUGACAUUGAUGGCACAUCAGUCAAUUGGUCUGAAGGUCAGUUGCUUUACUUGUAUGCCCUUUCAUUCUUAUAGGAAAGACCAAAGUAUAAUUUCUCUGUACAGGAUCAAUACACUAUCAAACAGACAUGUGAUGAGAAUUAUGAAAAAUCUCAACUCAGGGUAAUAUUUGACCAAAUUCUUGCAACUGUAACACUUUGAGAUGCAUAUCCAGGCCAUGAGUGAGGAGAAAAACCUGUUGUGCUAACAAGGUGGAAGCUUGACUCUCUCAAGGAGUAUAUUAACUUAAUGGAUAUGAGCAAGCUCAGUUAAAGGAAGCUGAGGAAAUGGACUAGCAGAGCAAAGACCAAAGAAUGAUUUCUCCUUACAAGAUCAAUACAUCAGCAAACAAACUUGUGAUCAAGAAUAAUGCAAAAACCUCAACUCAGGGAAAAUGUAGACUAGCUGGUAUCAUCUAAAAAUGUAUUGAUUUGUUUCUAAUAUUGAUGUGACAGGGAAUUCUUCUUCUUGGGACUGAGGAGCAAAAGCAUAAAUAUUUACCAAGACUAGCUUCUGGUGAACAUAUGGCUGCAUUUUGUCUCACAGAACCCUCAAGGUACAUGAACAAAGCACUCAUUGCUCAGGUUUUUUUCAAACCUUUAUUUUAAAGUGGGGUCUGCAGCUUAACUCCCUUGGCAGAAAAUAAUUUAAGUGGCACUUUGGUGUAGGAAUGGUGCACUAGUAAAUACCUAAAUAAAGCUGUAAAAUGUGUGUUAGACUUAUGAUUAGAUUUUCAGAGGUAAAUUUGAAAGAAAUUGGACAAUCCUGUUCUUUUAUAAUAAUUUAAAUAUUAUUGUACCCUUGUAGUGGAAGUGAUGCAGCAUCAAUCCAGACCAAAGCAACUUUAAGUGAAGAUGGCAAACACUUUCUUCUCAAUGGUUCAAAGGUUUGUGAUUUUUAUAAGAUCAUUGAGAGGUGCCAAAUAAUUAGGCUUUUUUGAAUUUGACUUAACUGUGAAACUGGACUUAUAGCAACUAGCAUCUAAUUUCUCCCUAGUAAUAUCACCCCUGCAUCAGAUACUAAGGUCACAAGAAUAAAAGGAAUGAUCAUCGACUACAAAAGUUGUUGAUUAUUCAACAAAUUCUCCCAUCCAGCACUUAAGGAAAUGUAUAGAGAACAGUAUAGAGAAUAAGCAUACUGGUGUUGGUGUGUAAAGAGUUAAUAACGUUUUACUUAUGGCCUGAGAUACUGUUGAAUUUAAACAAUAAAAAACAGCUUCUUGAGGUUCCACUGAAAACAUGUUCCUUUUUUAUGCAAUGUAGUGGCAAAGUGCAGCAAUAUAUUGGCAUUUUUUAGGGUUUCUGAAAACACUGUCAACCAACUACCUGAUGUUUCCUUUGCCUUUGUGGAAUUUUUCUGAGAAAUACAGAAAAAAAAAACUGAAAAUAAUGUGGGUUUCUUCUCAUCCAAUGGUGCAUCCAAGAAGCUUUCCACGUCUACACACUCUUGAAGUAAACAUGACACUGGCCUUUCAAACCUAGUUUUCAUGUACUUGAAUCUAGACUGUUGUGGGAGUUGGCCAUUUAUGAAUACAGUGUAUGAUUCAUGUGUAUCAUGUACUUCAUAAUAUUCUUACACUUAUUUUGCCUGUCCUUCUUAAAUUCUAGAUUUGGAUCUCUAAUGGAGGAUGGGCUGAUGUUAUGACUGUCUUUGCUAGGACUACUCAUACCAAUGACAAGGUCAAUAUAUUUUGUAAGAUAUGAUACCUUUUGCACAUCAUUUUGUCCUUACCCCACUGACCUCACCUCUCCUAACCCUUCAUAUUAAGUGUGAGUGCUAAGUGUAGGGUGGUAAGGCUUUUUAAAUCUUCAGCCUCCCUUCCUGAAUUAGAUGCCCUUUUCAACCCUUUAAAGCUAAGAGUGAUCAACAUCUAGUUUCUCCUUUCAGGGAUGCUGAUGAAUUAUUCAUUUAAGAUCAUUAGAAUCAAGGCAAUGAUCUCUAACGAAAGAGGCUCUUGAUUGUUAAAGAAAUUAUCCUUGUCAGCAUGUUAGGAAAUGUACAGAUAAACAGUAUGGGGAAUAUGCAUAGUGAUGUUAGCAUGUAAAGGGUUAAGGGUGAUUUUAACCCACAGUCUAGCACACUAACCAUUUGACUCUGUAUAUGCAGUUUAAAAAAUUAUAAUUGUACCUAUUUCCUUCAGUAUGUGUGAUGACUGUCAAUAUAUUUUGUAACAUACAGGGUGAACAGCAAGACAAAAUAACUGCUUUUAUUGUGGAAAGGGCUUUUGGAGGUGUGACAAGUGGAAAACCAGAAGAUAAACUUGGAAUUAGAGGCUCAAAUAGUAAGUUAACAAAAAUGUUGUAAUAGUAAUUAAUAUGGUGAGCAAAUUACAGUUAACCCUUUAACUCCCAUGAGUGACCAAGACAGAAUUUCUCCUUACAAUCUCACUACAAAAUUAAGCAAACAAGUGAUGAGAAUAAAGAAAAAUAUUAAUUAGGCAAUUAUCAGUUGAUCCAAUACAAAAUUCUCCAAACUAACAUUACAAGAACUAUAUGGCAGACAGUAAGGAGAAUUACUAAUUAGAUCUUGGGAGUUAGAGUUAAAGUACUACCACCUGUUAGAGUACUUUUACAAUUAAUGUGAAUCUUUCAGGCUAGAUUUUCUAAAAUAUGAGUUUUAUUCUUCCUUUUUCUUUAGCAUGUGAACUUCAUUUUGACAACACUCCCAUUCCUAUUGAAAAUGUCCUUGGAACUGUUGGUGGAGGAUUUAAGGUAGAGUUAGGAAUCUUUUGUUUUGCACAUAAUUUUAGAAAAACAAGAUUGGAGUUUAUCCUUAUUUUCUCAUACUAUGUGGAGGAAGCAGUGGCAGGAGUGACCUGUGUUAGUGCACUGGACUCUACACAUGUAGGUUCAGAUGUCCAGAUUUGAGCACUGAUCAGGUGAUUUUGUUGAGUGCUAAUUAACCCUUUACACCCUAAUGUCAGUAUCAAUAUUCUCCAUACUCUACCCUACAUCAUUGCUUUGGUACUGGCAAGUAGAAUUGGUUUAACAAUCAGAGCUUGCUAGAUGGGCCAUCAUUUCUGUAAUUCCCAUGAUCUUAGUGAAUGAUUCAGCACUCUUACUGUAAGGAGAAAUUAGAUUCUGGUCACUUGUAGGGUUUAAAAGGGCCAAGGCAAGACACUUAACAUUCAUGGUGCUAAAUCUCUCCACUGUGUAUAGAUUCUAAAUGAUUACUGGCAGAUGAUCAAACAAGCUUGAAAAAAUGUUUAGUGGAAACCUUGCUGUAGAUUGGCAUCCCAUCUAGGAGUUGGGGGGGGGGGUAGGGGGGAUAGUUACUUCAUGGUAAAGGAUCAGAGAUAAGCUCCAGCUGGAUAGACCACUGGGCUCAAGAGCAGACUUGAUCAUCUUUUUUUUAUUACUGUGGAAAUAAUCAAUUUUCUUAUGAUCCCCGUGAUGACAUAAUAAUCAGGUGAUAUAAAAGAUAUUAUAUACAACUUGCUAAAAACUCCUGCUUUCGGCAAUAUUGCAGUUCUAAGAACUAAUUAGAAUAUACAUUUGGUAUAAAGUAAACAAAAAAUACACCAACGAUAUUUAUAGAUAUUGAAAUAAUAUUAUAAGAUGGUCCUUUUUUUGUUUCUGUGAAGGUUGCUAUGAAUGUCUUGAACAGUGGCAGGUUUGGUAUUGGAGCAUGUGCUGCAGGUGGACUAAGAGGAUUGAUAGGUAAUUUUAAACACUAGGGGCAGAUUUUAAUGAAAAAAAAAAAAAAAAAGUAAUAGUAUGUUUCAGAAUCGAAGUUUAGGUCCCUCCACCUCAUCAAAAACUCCUAAAUUAACCGCCCCCCCACCACAUGGGAUUUGUUUUGGCUCUCUAAUCAACAGAGGUUCAUUGUUGUUUUUUUUUGACUGAUGUUUAAGUCCAAUUGGCAAGGAGAUUAUGCAGACCUUCAGUCCCAACAUUCCUUGAGGCAGAUUCUCUAAUCUCUAAUUGGCUUACCAGCAUCUUUACACCUGCACUCACUUCCGAGCAAACUUCUACUUCUACAAUGUUUCUCACUUUUUAGUACAGUUAGUGCCUUCAGAACUUUAUUUUGUACAAUGAAAGCAUCACAUCUCAAUUUGUUACUGUUUUGAUUUCAGGUGCAGCUGCAGAACAUGCCACAACAAGAAAACAAUUCAACAGGACUUUGUCAGAAUUCGGACAGAUUCAGGUGUUUAUAGAGAUUCAAUCAUUGUUAGUAGCUCUUUGAAAUCUUACCCCAACCCAAACUGGAUUUCUGAAAGUCUCACCACUGAUAUUCAAGAAUUUAUUAUUUAUAAAUUCUGCAAAAGCAUGUAAUGAAAUAGUGUCUAAUUGGGGAUCUGCACAUUCAGUUUUAGUGCUUUGGUCCAGAUCAAUUGGUCAUCCACUUUGAUUUUAUUUCUUAGGACUUAGAAAUGCAAGUGUGUGAAGGAAAUCAGUUAUUUUUCUCUCUUUGCAAUUUCAAAAGGGUGUCUAGAGUUUCCAAGAAUACACAAUUUUUAGUAUAAGAUAAUAGGGGUUGAAGGUCUAUUAGAGCAAGAGAUUCCUUUAUUAUAUAUGGUUUUGUUAGGUUUUUGGACCUGAUCUUAUAGAACUUUCAUUAGCAUUUCAACCACUUUGAAAUAACUCAAUAAGAAAAACUUCCCAUCAAGUUUUUCAGUCACAAUUUGUGAACACAAAAAUAAAAGACAGCUCAGUCAGGGAGCUCCAACAUAAACUGCAAAAGCAUUUUUUCAUGGUUGAUUUUUUCCAGCUUUCCUAACUAGUCAACUGUUCAUACUAACACAGAGUGAAGUAGAUAAAAACCAAUGCAGUCCCAGAUUUCUUUUGUUGCAUGACUGAAGGUUGUUCUUCAUGAAUUACUUUAAUCAGGAAAAGUUUGCACGUAUGGCACUGAAACAAUACACAAUUGAAUCCAUGGCAUACCUGACAACUGGGAUGUUGGACAGUGGAGAGGAAGAUGCAUCUGUGGAGGCUGCCAUGUGCAAGGUUUGUUAUAAACCCAGAUUCAACAGAACCAUAGUUUCUUUAGAAACUAACCCCCUUUAUUCAUCAUGUAAGAAUUGUUGAGGAUACUCAGAGGCAAGAAAGUUAUUAUUUGACAGUGGCUACCCUCUCAUCUGAUGAUUAUUACAAACAGUCAGCUAUAUUCCUCCUGGGUCUGAACCAUUUACAUGUAUAUAUCCAGGUAUCUUUUUCACUUUUUUUUCCCACUCACUUUGUAGGUGUAUGGUUCAGAGGGUCUCUGGACAGGGGUUAAUGAAGCAUUGCAGAUCUUAGGAGGUACAUAUCGUAUAUUAUAAAAUAAUUCAAAUAGUACGCGCGCUCUGAUUGGCCAUAAAACCAUUUUACAUGAGCGUAUGUAAACACGGUUUUCGUUCCUCUUUCAUUAGUUAUUUUAUAAAAGAAAUGUUACUCGAUAAGCUGGAAACCACUCCGCUUCGCGUCGUGGUUUCCUACGCUUAUCUCGUGUUCUCCCAACCUCCCGCGUGUUUACAUCAGGCUAUGUAAACACGGAAACCAUUUUACAUUUCUUCAUUAAGUGAUUACGUGCAAUUUUACAUAGUGUUGAUAUGAUUAAUAAUGGUAAUAGGAAUGGGUGGUGUCCAAUUUGGUCCGAGAGAGAAUGGCUACUCAUUCCCAUGAUUAUCUUAUGUUUCUCCUCAGGCCUUGGUUAUAUGAAAGAAUAUCCGUAUGAAAGAGUCAUGAGGGACUCAAGAAUCUUGUUGAUAUUUGAGGUUAGCAAUAUGUUAUGGGUGAAUUUUGAGACUCUCUGUAAAGAGGUUUUUUUUUAGGGAAAGCAUUUAUUUUCGUUUUUAUUGGCGAAUGUUUGUUUAUAAAACCGGACACCCCCUACUGAAAAUCUUACCUGCCUUCCCAUUUUUCCUAUGUUUAACAGGGAACAAACGAAAUCCUCAGAAUGUACAUAGCUCUUGCAGGAAUGCAGCAUGCUGGAAAACACUUGCAAGAAGUAUUAAAGUGAGUUGUUACCUAAGGAACGUUGAAGUGACCGUACAUUGAUCAUUGUAUUGAUAUUGUGAGGAGAAAUUAUUUCUUGGUCGCUCUUGGGAGGUAAAUGGUUAAGGAAUUUUCCCUCAGUUGUGCUCCUAACCAUCAUUUUGAAUGUUUUACCAGAUACCUAAAGAACCCUUUUGGAAACGUUGAAUUCAUGACGGAAUUCUUGAAAAAGAGAGCUCUCUAUGCCCUAGGACUAAAAGGAAACCUGCAGGGAAUUGCCAAUGUUUCACACCCACAAUUGGCGGUAAGGCACAGAUAUUUUUUGUAUUCGAGAUAAGUGGAAGUGCAGUGACUAAACCAACGACAGAAUCUAUGUGAGCAGGUCCAGUGUUCUUGAAAACUUGAGCGCGCAGGUAGAUUAUAGUGUCGAAAGUAAUCGGCGUUCACCAUUAGACUACGGACCCAGUGGCUCUCGUUUUUGCAGCAGGAUGGUGGAAGAUAUUUUUUAAGGGGGAGGGAGGUUUUGUUUCUUUUUUCAAGUGCCUAAAAUUACUUGACGCUGCGUUUAGAAUGUUAUCACUAUUUGUAGUUGCUGAAUUUUCUCCGUCGGUGACUACGUCAUAUUUUAUUCUACUUUUUACAGGACAGCGUCAAAAAAUUGGAGGAGAAUAUCGCUGACUUUGGAAGGAUAUCUGAAAACUUGCUUUCCAAAUUUGGAAAGGUAAUUUAUAUUAGGAAAAAGGUUAAUCUCUCUACCCUAUCAUCACUAUUAUUGUCAAUUUGUACAGAAUGAUUGCGCGCGCGUAACACUUAAAGUAAACCAAUCAUAACUCAAAUCGGUAAAGCGCGCGAGAAAUCAAGUAAGUCAGGUGUAGGUCCGCUUCUGAUUGGUUCUUUCGACUAAAUUCAUCAGUGCUUCCUAAAGCCAUAUUUUUCCAUAUUUUGUGACCGCAUAAUUUUCAAGCAAGAUUUCUGCAUCCAGCGUACUUCAUUUAAAGAUUCGCAGACUUGUUGAACACCAAGUUUCCCUUAGAAUUUUUUUUUCGGUUAACGGCACCUUGUUUGUUUAUUUAUUAUAUUUUUUAGAAUAUCAUCGAGGAGCAAUUUCUGCUGAAAAGAAUGGCAGAUGUAGCCAUUAACUUGUAUGGUAUGACGGCUGUAAUUUCCAGGGCAACCAGGUCUAUCAACCGGGGCUCACCGAGCGCCAGUCACGAGGUACAUAGCAGUUGUACAUUUAUGUCGGACGGACAGAAUUCUGACCGUCUAACGGACUGACUGACAGACUAACGGACUUACCACGUUUGAUCAGGAUUAAGUAAAUUUCAGACAAUUGACCUAACAACUGUCGAGUCUUGUCCUGUUACUGAGGGACGGACCAGAAUGACUAAAUUAUUGCUGAAAUGACUGACUCACUGGCUGACUAAAUGACUGACUGACUAGCUUACUGAGCAGCUGACUGAUCAACUGACAGACAGUCAGACGGACUGAUUGAUUGACUGACUCUUUGUCUGACUGACAGACAGACCCUUUGACUGACUGAAUGACUGACUGACUUACCUACUGUCCGAUCAAUCGACCACCGACCGACUGACCAAACGCUCAUGUUACUAACUUACUGAAUAAAUUAAAGGCUGGCUUACUGAUUGUGUGUGUGUGUGACAAACUGAGUGUUCAAAUCCCUGUUUCCUCGACUGCAUCAGUGUCUGUCCAUUAAACUAACUGACUGACUGACUGACUUAUAUUACCCACUGACCGACUAAUCGAGAUCCCAGCUGGCUGAAAGACACAACCACCAUCUUAUUCAACGACUGCCUGUGCCUUGCAGUGAAACGUAGUUCCAUGUUUAACUUCAUGCCCUGUGUGUAUUCCUCCGGCAGGCACUUCUCGUAGAUACAAUAUGCAAAGAAAAAUAUCAUGCAAACAACACUCUCCUCAAAGAAGUCAAAUCAGGUGAGAGAGAGAAUCAAUAUUUAAACUUUGGAAAACACAUGACACUAAUUUAUAUGUAGCGGAUAAAUUAGCGUAAUCUUCAUAAAUUUUCUUGACAGAAAUUACGGAUAAAUGUCAUUAUUACAUGCCAGGGUUAAUGUUGGGUUAAGGGAGGGGUAGGUGUGUAGUUGUUCAGAUACUGACAUUGAUCCUAAAUUACCAUCGAUCGAAGGAAGCCUCAAUUCACAAUUCUCCUUGGUAACCGUCCUCGAGGCGCGCCCUAUCUCAGUAAUUCUCAGAUGAAAGCAAAACAGCAAAGAAGGGAGAAGAUAGUUGACCAAAUGUAGCGAAGAUGGUCGAAAAAGGAGAUCAUUCACACGGACUGAAAGCCAGGAAACUGAAAAAAUUUAAGAGCACUUUUAUGAUACGCCUAAAAAACCUAACGUGAUAUAGCAACUCAACUGAUUGCCAAAAAGUGUCAUUCUCCCUACGCAAAGAAUUCUUAAAUUCGAGCCUUUUUUCGGUCACGGGACAUUUAUUUCUUUGUUUCUCGAUGGAGAAUGAAGGAUUCGUUGAUCACGCGAGAAUCAGAAGUUAUCCAAAGUUCCCGAUCAAGAUUCGAAAACGACCAAUGAUAGUGCAACGUCGCCGUUGCAGAUAUUUGCAGAGAUUUUCGGAAAUCCUGAGGACUUUCCGACGAUUGCCGACAAUCACCCGAAGUAUUGAUCGCAUUUAUAUAUCAAGAUUUAUUUGAACUCUCUUCCCUUUUAAUCUUGCAGGCACGAAGAGUAAUGGAGACGAACAGCUCAAGAAGAUUGCGGAGGAAAUUUUCAAAAGUGGUGGUACUGUGACACCACAUGCUCUAACUGUCUGAAGACCUUAUAAUUUAUCCGAGAUGUAAAUAAUUAUGUAAAUAAAUUAAUAUGAAAGUUUUAAACCGGAACGAAGAUAAACUCGAAGACAAACGAAAGAGACCCAUUGCAGGCCUAUGAAAAUAAAUUCGAACUCGAGGGCACAGUAAUAAGAAAUGAUCAUCAUUUCACUAAGAUAUAAAUUUCUUUUCGUUAGUCCUGCUGCCGAGCUAAUAUUUUCCAGGUAUGAUGGGGAACUCUUUCUCAAUGAAUUGAAUGUUAUUUCUGCACCCUUAAAAUACUUUUUUACAUCAUAAUCCUUAAACUCCCAAGAUCUGAUUGUUAAUUCUCCUCUCUAGCUGCUACACAUUUCCUUGUGAAUGAGUUUCGAGAAUUUGGUGUAAGAUCAAGAUUACAACUUGUACCUGAUAAGUUUGAGUUUUCUCAUUACCUGUUCGCAGGAUAAUGUAUGAAUACUGUACGAAGAAGUUGCAUGUUGAUCAAUUCUGGGAGACAAAGGGUUAAGGUGUCACAGGCAAGAAAUUAACGUUAUGUUAAAUUUCACAGCAAUCGACCACGUUUUAAAUUGUUUUUAUUCUGCUAAGCACUAUUUUUACUUUCAAAACUUAUUUUUUUUGUUACCAACUCUUACUAUUCUAAGCAACGUUACUGCAUGUUAUCUUCAUACAAGAUAACAUGAGCAAUCGAAAUAAAGUUGCAGACUUCUUACAGCU